UCUAGAACCUCACUCUUACCAGUAGAUUGGUUGGCUGUUUACAAUUUACACUACUUGAUAGUUGAUACUGUACACACAGGCAGGCUAGAGCUAGAUAUAGAACAGUAUUAGGCUAUAUUUUCCAAAGCUGAUGGUAAUUGAUUGUAUGCAGAUUAGAAGGAAAGGUUGCAGUAAUCACCAGGUGGGGCAUCAGGAAUCGGAGAAGCCACAGUUGGGCUCUUUCAAAAACAUGGAGCCAAAGUAAUCAUUGCUGACAUUGCAGACCAACUCGGUAAAAACCUUGUUCAGUCCCUUUCAGUUUCUCCAGAGGUCACAUACAUCCAUUGUGAUGUGAGAAAAGAAGAAGAUGUAAGUGCAGCGGUGGAUUUGGCCAUGGAGAAACAUGGGAAACUGGACAUUAUGUUUAAUAAUGCAGGAAUCAUUGACAAGAAAACUAAUAAGGCCAUAGAGUGUGACAUGGAGGAGUUUCAGCGUGCGAUGAAUGUAAUCUAGGACGAGUAAUGCACGGAAUUAAGCAUGCAGGCCGCGUUAUGAUCCCAAACCAAAAGGGAUGCAUAAUUUCUACAUCGAGCAUUGCAAGGAUAUUUGGUGGAACGGCUUCAUACUCAUACACAGCUUCUAAGCAUGCAGUCAUAGGCCUCACCAAACAAGGUGCGGCCGAGAUGGGAAAGUAUGGUAUCAGAGUGAAUUGUGUUUCUCCAUCUGGUUUAGCCACUGUUCUUGCAUUCCAAUACUUCGGAAUUAAUACCAAGAAUGUAGAAGAGAAGAAGGUCGAGUGUGAGGCAUUUUGUAACAAGAUAUACAAAUUGAAGAAUCAUACUCUUAAGGCACGUGAUAUUGCAGAGGCUGCUUUGUAUCUGGCCAGCGAGGAAGCUAAGUUUGUAAGCGGCCAUAAUCUUGUGGUAGAUGGAAGGUUUCAGAGUAGUAAACCAUGAUUGGGGUCUCUACUAAUAUAUAAGUAAAUUUGGUUUUGGUUGGGGUCACUUGGAAAUAUAAUAAUUGUGACAAUUUGUGAAAAAUAUAUAUGCUUUUUAAGGGAUUUCUUAGGUUGGCUAUGUCUGUUGUGAUGAUAAAAAUAAAGAUAUGGAGGAGAAGAAGCUGCUGAUGAUGGUGGUAUUUUGUUGACAUCAUUUUGGAUUCUGCUGAUGUAUGGGGUAAACAAUGAUCUGG